UGAAACACAAGGAAGUGAAGGCGACUCAAUUGGGUAUAAAACAUGAAGCACAUCUGCCCGCAGCGCUGCUAAGCGCUCCAAAACAACGCUUUACAACUCUGACUGCGAUUUUUUUUUUCCAGUAUCAUCGGCAUUAUUAUUAUUAUUAUCAUCAUCAUCAUCCUUUUCUUUUUAUUUGUCCGCGCUUACGCACAAGCAGCUGCUGCACUUUCCGUCAGUUUACUAACUCACUCAGCUGUGUUUGCAGUGGAUACUGAGUCACUAGCAGCAUCUCGAGCUCGGGAUCAUGAUUCCACCGGGGGACUGCAUGUAUGCUGGCAGAAAAAGAAGGAAGCCCAUUCAGAAACAGAAGCCAGCAGUGGUGAGCGAGAAGUCCAACCCGUCUAAGCGUCACCGUGACCGGUUAAACGCAGAGCUGGACCGCCUGGCCAGCCUGCUGCCCUUCUCUCCCGACGUCAUCUCGAAGCUGGACAAACUGUCUGUUCUGCGGCUCAGUGUCAGUUACCUAAGGGUCAAGAGCUUCUUCCAAGCUAUUCAGGAGAAACCAUCAAGGAUUCCCAUCAGCCCAUCUACUCACCCUGACAUGGGCAAGGAAAGCCAGCCUGGGCCCACUGUUGCAGAGAGCGAACUUUUACUGGAGUCCCUUACUGGCUUUGCAUUGGUGGUAAGCACAGAUGGGAUGGUGUUUUAUGCCUCAUCCACCAUUGUGGACUACUUGGGCUUCCAUCAGACUGAUGUGAUGCACCAGAACAUCUUUGACUACAUCCAUGUGGACGACCGGCAGGAGUUCCGAAGGCAGCUCCACUGGGCCAUGAAUCCCACGCAGCAGCUGGCAACCCUGGACCCUCACUUAGUGGCGGGAGCAGGUGAGGACUUUGCGGUGAACAACCUGUUCAACUCCCCCGAGUCUGGGGGCAUCCCCCCAGAGUACUCCUCCUUUCUCAACCGCUGCUUCAUCUCCCGGGUGCGCUGCCUGCUGGACAGCACAUCAGGCUUCCUGACCAUGCAGUUCCAGGGGCGGCUCAAAUUCCUCUACGGCCAGAAAAAGAAGACGCCAUCGGGCACAGCCCUGCCCCCACAGCUGGCACUCUUUUGCGUGGCCGUUCCUCUGCUGCUGCCUUCUAUCACUGAGAUGAAGAUGAAAACCGUAAUGAUGAGGGGCAAGCAGAGGAGCGGGCUGCUUGCUGUGCUGGACCACAGUGAAAGAGAGGAGCACUUGAGGAGGCCCCCUGGCCAUGGUGGGGAAGCACUGCUGCUCAGCUGCCCUGGCAACCCAGGGGGACCAGCACGCAGUCAUGGGUCCUGGACAGCACUUGCACGGGAGGGUACCGGCACCAAGUGCAAGAGUGAGGUCUACUAUGCACAGGAGGAGCCUCUGAACUUCUGCAAGUCAUCCACGAGUGGACACAGAGCCCCAGGCUUUGAGCAAGGCAUGUGGACAGCUAGGGCCACCUCGGGCGCAGUGAGGGUGGGGCAGAAUAUAAGUUACAUCCCCAGUCGACUCGGGAAGCCCGGAGCGUACAGGAUGUCUCCCAAUUGUCACCCAGCCAGGAAUGACAUCUAUCUGCCCAAGCUGUACAAUAGCCCGCAGAACUUGGAGGUGGAGAACUUUUGCGUGGAAAGCAUUAAGAGUGAGAAUAGGUACAUGCCACCAGGUGAGGGAUAUGAUGGCCGCUUGCUCCCCGAAAUGCCAAUCAAAGUGGAGCAGGACUCGGACUCAGAGAACGGAUGCGAUAUCUACGGCAUCCCGCAUGGCCGGGCGUGGACAUAUAAGGAGCACAUGGAGAAACGGUACGGCACAGGCUACGAUGGCCUCCAGCUGAAGACAGAGGCUGAAUACUACGAGCAAUUCUCACCCUGCCAGAAGAGCAAGGCUGUGAGCCCGACAUUUAACGGGCACUAUCCAGGCAUGUGCAUAACAGGCAGCAGGCCCUUAAAAUGCGUUCUGAACAAAGACCUGAGUCAAUUCAGCCCUCAGCGGCUGGUAAACUCUGAUCCCCUCUGCAGCCACCAGAGCGCAAACUGCAUGGAGAGCCACAUGCAUGGAGAGGGUCCCAUGGAUCACAAAAGCUAUGCGCACCAGGACUACAAGUUUGGUUACGACUUCAAGGGCCAUGGUCUCCUGCACUCCAUCAAACGGGAACCCAUGGACUCCCCGCCCUGGUCUGAUGGUGCGAAUGAUAUCAACUAUGCAACCACGCAGAGAAAUGUCAUGUCGAACUGUGUCAUGAGUGCAGGGGCACACAAAUCAAACCCUUACAUCUAUAUGCAGUGAGUGUGAAGCUCACUCUUUAGGGCUCCCUCGGUAAAUAGUUGAGAAUACUGUGCACGUGUACCUCUCAGGUAUAAGAGUUUUGUCAAUAAAGGCCAUCAAUUCAUAUGUGGAGAUUGUUACUGGCUGACCUUUAUUAAAAAUACAACUUGUAGUUUAUAUGACAAGCACUUUUGAAAAAAUAAAAAUACAUAUAUUUUUUAGAUUUAAUUAGUUUGUGUUUACGUAUUGUGUACAUUUUACUUUAUGUGAGUAUCGGGGGUAUACUGUACAAAUGCUUACCAGGGAAAAUGUGUAAGAAAGUUAUUUUUGUUUCUGUAAAAAGUACUUAAUCUCCUUCUUGUAGAUAUAGAAAGACAGAGAAA